AUGAGUUCACAACCUAGAAUCAAAAGACAAAUGAACAAUGGUAUGCAAAUCCAAUCCAAUAACCAAACCGAACAGCAACAAAAUCCCGAUAUAGCAAAAUUAGCCACUAUUGGAAUGAGAAUAAGAAAAGCUGUAAGUGAAGGAUAUAAUGUUCCUGAUUCAUCUCAAUUUAGUGGGAAUUUUAGAAGAGUUCCAUUACCUAAUAAUAUAUCUGCUCCUCCAAGUUUAACUAAUGAUGGAUCUACUGUUGGUUCUACUUCAAGUUUGGAAGAAUGGGAUAGUUAUUAUAAGAUAAAUAAUGCUCCUUUGCAGACCUUGCCUGAGUUUAAUGGAGGAAUUAAAAGGAAAUUUGAUGAUUCUAUGGAUGCAAAAGACGUAUCAAUAUUUCAAGCAAAGUAUGGUGAUUUGAAAUUUAAUGAAGAGUUUUAA